AAAGAAUCACAAAAAAAUUAGUAUAAAAUAAGAUUGAUUUAGGUACAUAUCCUAUUAAUAUAAAUUACAUAUCUUCUUAAUCCUCUAACAUAUCUUUUAACUAUGAACCACAAUACUUUCUUACAUUCUUUUUAACAUUAAAAGCAAAGCAAAUAAUCACAAAAUACAAUUUCUAAAACAGGUAUACUUCAUUUGCGACAAAUUGGAUAUUUUCCUUUAUUAAACAUAUUAUAUAUUAUAUUUAAGGUUACGUCAUGUCAUAUUAUUAUUUAACUGUCAUUAUACAUGAAUUUUAUAUAAUUAAAGUAUAUAUAAUGUUGGACAUGUUCAGCACAGUCAUCUUCUUAAUUUAGUAAGACAUAUAUAUUUAUAUAAGACAUGUUCAUAUUACGACCUUGCAUCUUUUGAGUUGUGAAUUGAUGCUACUGCGUGAGAAAACGGCAGAUGUAAUGCGUGACAUCGCAACAGACUUGUGCUUAGGCACAUAUCAAUACGAACUUUUUUUGUCGCUCUUAAUUCUCGCACAAACUGCAUGGAACUAAAAGCAGCUCGAAUAUUUAAUGUGCUUUCCUCCACUUUUAAAAAGUUUAUACAUGCAUUCGAAUGCUCUGCUAAAUGCGAGGUAACAUCGAUUCCUGCAGACAUAGCAAUCAUCAGUUUCUCGUAAACUUUCGUUAUGGAUGAUUCGAAGUACUCGGAACAAAAAGGUGUUUAAUAUUGUAAUUAAAAAUGGAACCACUUGUUUUUCGAAUAAGAUUAUUUAUUAUUAUUUCUAAACAAGCAUAGUUUCUUUAGUUAACUAUUCCAAGAUAUUUUUAUUAUUCCGAUUAUUCCAAUAUACCUUAUACAAAAAUUCAUUAUUACAAAACUUCUAUAAAUAGUAAUACAUGUGUCGGUAGAGAAAAUUUGUUUAAAUUGAAAACUGAAAAGUAAAUUGGUUUCUGCAGAACAUUGUCUCAUUAAAAUUUCUGUAGGAAGAUUUCGAAUGGGCAGUGAAAUUGAAUCGUGCGGGUCUGAAUUUACUUGGGUUAUGGCCAAAUCCGCAAGAAAGUGCUAGAGAGGAAGUAAUAAGUAAUAUACGUGUGUUGCUUACAUUACUGGUAAUGCUAACUUUAUUGGUGCCUUGUGUACAUUCCUUGAUUAAAACUAAUUCGGACAUCAUGCUGACAAUAGACAAUUUACAAAUUAUUAUACCGAUACUUAGCACCAUUAUAAAGCUUCCAAUAUUUUGGUGGAAAAAAAAAGCAUUCACAUCAAUUGUAAACAUGAUCGUGGAAGACUGGUUAAAGUCAACAAAUAUCCAUGAAAGGAAAACGAUGAUUAAAUGGGCGCUACGUGCACGUAUAUUUAUUACAUGCUCGUAUAUACUAAUAACAAUCGGGCUCAUAAUUUUUUUCGUCAUAGGACCUAUUUUCGGAAAAUCAAUGACAUUGACAUCAAAUAUCACUGAUUCCAGCAGGUCAUUGACCCUACCAACUUAUUACAUUUACGACGUAACAAAAAGGCCGCAAUACGAAUUAACAAUCAUUAGCCAAUGCAUCUCUAUUACCACCACAGGCAUACUUUAUAUAGGAAUUGACAAUUUUUUUGGAUUAUUAGUUUUUCAUAUUUGCGGACAAUUGAACAUCAUGAGGAAUCGUCUCAAAUGUAAUCACGAAAAUUUUCGUGUUGUAUUGAGAGCUAGUGUGAUGUAUCAUAUUCGAUUGCUUAGAGCUAUAAAUACCAUAGAAGAUACAUACAACGUCAUUCUGCUAAUAUUAUUUCUCUUUUUUGGGAUAUUAUUUGCCUUCUGUGGAUUCCUAUUAGUUGCUCUGUUUGAAGACGAAGAAAAUGAUAUAUCGUUUACGCGUUUAUCAUUUCUUUUCCUCAUUACUACAUCCAUAAUCAUACAUAUGGGAAUUUAUUGCGCUGUUGGUGAAACGCUAAUGACCCAAUGCAAUGGAAUUUAUUAUGCGGUAUAUGAUUAUGAGUGGUAUUCUUUGGAUCCAAAAGAAGCAAAGGAUUUAAUCCUAUUUAUGAUUAAAAUUAGAGAUCCUAUUUAUUUCACUGCUGGUAAAAUAUUUCCUGUAACAAUGGCUAUGUUUUGUAAUUUGCUAAAGACGUCGGCCAGUUAUAUAUCCGUUUUACUUACAUCAAGAAAAAACUAAAAUGUGGGUAAAAUUAGAUUAUUUGUAGCUUUUCCUAGGAUUACUAGAAUGCAAUAAUUAGAAAGACUGUAAGUAUUUUAUACAUAGUAGUUUAUUAUUAAUAUUUUCCAAGUAUUAUCUUUUGAAAUUCAUGAUGUUUACAUGAUAUGUUGAUCGUAGUGGACUUGCAUUGCUGUGCUUUUAGAAUAGAAAUAUGAAAUAAAUGACAUUGUUAAAACGCAAUACUUUGAUCAAAUAAUAUUAUAUAAGCAAAAUUAGUGUUAACAUAUCCAUUACGUUAGAAUAUAACAAAACUAUUCAGCUGUUAUUCUUUAUCUUUUUUAUCUCGAUAACAGAAAUUUAUUCUGAUAUAUGUAUAUGUGUAAUUAUGCAUAAAAGUCCACAUGUGCAUUGUAUUAAUAACAACAAUUAUAUUACGGACUGUUAUAACAGAAAUAAUAAUAUAAAUAUGACAAUUAUAAAAUGUGAAAUAUAAAUGUUUGAAAAAUAAAAUAUCUGUAAAACAUUAAUCAAAAUUCGCUCACUACAAGGAACACAAAACAUCUUUUACUGUAUAUAUUGGAUUACAUAUUCACUAUUAAUACAGGAAAUAAACACUUGUGCCCACUAACUUUUAA